AUGGCGGCGCGCAUCCUCUGCGGAGCUGGGGACAGCCAGCCCACGCGCCCCACGCGGGCCCAGUCUCCGCCCUGUCCCAGCUGUCGCCGACUCCGGGGCGCCGCAGGGCGGAGCGCAGAGGUGGGCAACGCCCCCAGCACGCGCUCUCGCGCCCGGCGCCGGCUUCCGCCAGCCCCGGAUCAGCGCGCCCGGGUCGCAGCGGCGCAGGGAAAGAAUACGCAGCGGGGCGCCCGCGGCCGGGACCCAACCCCCGCCGCCUCCUGUCCGCUCGGCGCCAUGAGCCCGGCCCCCGCGGUGCGCGGUCGCCACGACCCGCUGCUGCUGCUCCUGCACCGGGCGACCGCUUAUGUCGCGGCCGCCGCGCCGCCCUCCGAGACUGCGUCCGGGAAGCCCGGGCCCCAUGCAGGUGCCCGAGGCGGCCGCAACGACGAGAGCCCUGGGGGGACCGACGACGCGGCGCUGCGCCCCGGGGCGCGCUGGCUGCAGGACUUGCACCCGCGUCCCAUCGUCCGUGACUGCGCGCGGGGACCGGCCGGGGAGGCCAGACAAAGGGCCCCAGUGCCACCGCCGCCGUCACACGGGCACGGGCAUGUUCACUUGGUGCGGGAGAAGAUGGGCAAGCGCUUCUUCGCACUCAAGGUGGUCAGCAUCCCCCAAGUCAUCCGCCUGAAGCAGAAGCAGCACGUGCACAAGUCGGUCCUGGAGGAAGUCAGCCACCCCUUCCUCGUCCCGCUAGAAAACGGUGUCAGAAGCAGAACCUUGAAGACAUCUUCCCACGUCCACAAAUCCUUGGAGGAAAUCAGGAACUGGGCCCAUACCAUGGAGCACUCAUUGUGCUCUGUGCUUCUCUCCAGUUUCUCUGGGAUCAUGCAGCACGAGAUAACUAAGACAACUGGGAUGUCCCAUGAAACCAUGUUCAUAAACCUCCAAACCAAGAAAACCAAAUCCCAUGAAAUUGAAUCAGCCUCAGCAGGUACACAGGUGCAUUCCCUGUCAGGGACCUUCUUUGCAAUGCUGGGACUUGAGCAGGCACGGACUGGUGUUCUAGUAAGGAGUACACACCUGGAAACAAGUUUACAUAAAUGUGCUGACUCAAUAUAGCCUGAAGUUGGAGAGAGCUUAGCUCUCCUGUGGGGAAACUCCAUAAUAAUCCCCCACUAUGCAACAGUGGAAACCCUGGUGGUGUAGUGGUUAAGAGCUCAGGCUGCUAACCAAAAGGUCGGCAGUUCAAAAUCCACCAGGUGCUCCUUGGAAAUCCUAUGGGGCACUUCUACUCUGUCCUAUAAGAUCGCUAUCAGUCAGAAUCGACUCGACGGCAAUGGGUUUGGGUUUGGUUUAUGCCACAAUACAAAGAGCUUCCUGGUGAGAACACUGCCUUCUGUCACUGAGAGUUAAGGCAAGGCCAGGCUUGUCUCUCUAGCAUGAAGAACUGAAAACUAAAUUCUUCAUGGAACCUAUUUUAGAGUAUUGUAGUAAAUGGUUCCUUGGCUUUUAAGAUUUAUAAGUAAGGAAAAUGGUUCUCAGGCACUCCUCACGCAAUCCCCAGGAAAUCCUCCUGUCUUAUUAACUGCAAAUGUACCAUAUCUGUGAGAUGCCUCAGUUUAUUUUGAGUAUGCAACAAGACUUAUUUUGAAACUACAUCUAUCCCUCUACUGAGAGAGCAAUAAAGAUAUAAAUAUAGAAAAACAAGCUAAAUUUUAAUAAAUCUUCAAAGAAUAAAUGAGACUUUCAGUAGUUUAGACUGAAUCUUACAUUGAAAUCACCUGGAUGAAAUAAGCUACAUCUUCCUGAAAGUAACAAUAAGACAGAGAAAUCGCUGGACACAAUUCAGAAGAAUACGGAAAUUAGAGAGUAGUCAAGCAUUUUAGAUGAACUUUACUAAUAGAAAGCUGACUUAAUUACAAACUAUGGAAACAAGGUUCAGAAUAGGGGCAGAUUGGAAGUCAGGUUUCCCAAAAGUGGGAGCCAUAGCAAUACAACACAAGGACUUCACGGCCUGGCUGUGAGCCAUCCAAAUGAGAACUUGAGCUCUGAAUGUUUUAAGGUUUCUGAGAUUCAAAGCAACUCCAGACCCCUG